AGAUGUUUGCUCCAGGCCAAGAGGCUAAGGUUCCAGCAAAAAGACGGUUACGAGAUCGCAAUCACCAUCCUCAACACCAUGCAGACCGUCACCACAGCCAGAGAAACCUUGGGAAGCAAACGGGAAGCAAAGAAUGAUAAGGUCAGACGGAUCAUGAACUUCUUACAGCGUGUGGACUUGCCGUUAGAUGACAUCGACAACCUGUCAGUCAUUCACGUGGCCGGCACGAAAGGAAAAGGAUCCACGUGCGCCUAUGCUGAGAGCAUCCUCCGCCAUCAUGGCGUCAAGACUGGCUUUUACAGUUCUCCUCACAUGGUGGAAGCCAGGGAGCGGAUUCGAAUCAACGGGCGGCCAAUAACAAAGGACCUCUUUACCUUCUACUUCUGGGAUGUCUAUAUUAAGCUUCUCAACACCAAGGAAGAUAACGAGGGCACCAUGCCCUUGUACUUUAGCUUCUUGACCGUGAUGGCCUUCACCCUGUUCGUGAAGGAGAAGGUGGACGUGGUGCUGCUGGAGGUAGGAAUUGGGGGUGAGUACGACUACACCAACUUCGUGCGGACCCCCGUGGCAUGUGGCAUCUGCUCCCUGGGGCUGGACCACACGACGCAGCUGGGACACACGUUGGAGGAGAUAGCGUGGCAUAAGGCUGGCAUUUUCAAGAGAGGCGUUCCUGCUGUGACAAUUCAACAGGAAGAAUCCGCCAUGAACAUCAUUCUUCAGCGUGCCCAGGAAAUCCAGUGCCCGUUGUACGUGGCGGAGCCACUGACAGAGGAGGAUCUGAGAACCCACAGUCUGACUCUUGGGAUAUCUGGUGACAAGCAGGUGUACAAUGCAGGACUGGCUCUCCACCUGUGCCGACUGUGGCUCAGACGAAGAGGAAACGGAGACGGCACGUUGGGACCAGAAAAUGAUGAACCCCACGUUUGCCUUAAUACAGUGAAGACGAUACCCCGUCUGCACACUGGGGAACUCACACAAGAAAUAAAGACAGGUCUGUCCCGGUGCUACUGGCCAGGACGAGCUCAAACUCUCAAAAAGACAGGUGUGACGUACUACCUGGAUGGAGCUCACACAAUAGAAAGCAUGCAGCAAUGUGUGCGAUGGUUUAUACAAGCUGCAGAUGAAGAGGCGAGACAUAUAAACGGCAGAGUGUCCCGGUCGCUGAUCUUCAACAUGACAGGUGAAAGGUCGGCCAGCAGUAUGCUCCAUCAUCUUGUGCCUUGCGGUUUUCACGUGGCUGCCUUCUGCCCAAAUAUCCCAUCUACUAAAAAGGUCAUAGCAGACCAGGUCAGCUUCAAGCACCCAAAGACAACGAUACUGGAAAAGAGUGUUUCCUACCGCCAGGAUUGGGAUGACCUGGUCUCCAAAGCAGAGGAAGGGACUAGCUGCCAGUCGGCCAACUUUCCGUGCAUCUCCACGGCCCUGAAGUGGGCCACACACGACAGGGAGCCCUUCUGCUGUGACGUCACGGCCACCGUUCAGGUAGCAACAGGUGACCUCCAUCACGUGCAGGUCUUGGUCACCGGAAGUUUGAUUUUGGUGGGGGACGUUCUAGGCAUUAUUUAUCCCACACUCAAUGACUGAGAUUGGUACAGGAACUAUGGAAAGGCCUCUACACCUCAGUGAGUUGAUGGCAGGCCAGAAGGAAGGUAGGGGCUAUACAAGAAAAUGCCAUCCACAGGCAGAAGGAACAGAAAAUUAUUCACGAGCAGCAGAAGUAUUAAGUGUAUUUUUUUUUUAUUCAUUUUUCAUAGUGUGAACAUUAUGUAUCUUGUUUCCACUUUUUUUUUUUUUGAUACUUUUUUCUUAAAUGUGUUGCUGGUUACUAUUUUCUCUAUAAACUCAUUUUCUAAUGUUUUGCAUUCCAAAUGUACAUAAAAAGUUACUUUAUAAGACUGGAUAAGUCUUUGAUUUAUGAUUUAUUUCAUUAGCCUUUUCCUAUUUGUCUUUUUGUUCUGUUGUUUAUGCUUCAUCUCCUUGUAAGUUUUGUUCUUGUCUCAAGUGGUAAGAGCAAGCUCGCUUAUGGGAAUGAGCUAUAUAAAUCUUGCAUUUAUAACAAGCAGAAAAAAAAAUAUUUAAAAGUACAGAAUAUGACAGACUUUACUAGUAAUUUUUCAAUAUUUCUUUUAUUUUAAUCUUUCCACUCAUCCUUUCUCUCUCAUACACUUUUAUUUUAUGUGAAACAAUAUUUCAGAUAAAUAAUAAAAUAACGAAAUGGAGCAGUAAGAAAGCAUUUAAACCAAGCGCAUGUGCGUGUAGAAUUAUAUAAAUAUAAUCUUGAUAAAAAUUAUUCAGUUAAGUCCUGCAUCAGAAUGACAGCUUAACUGUCUCAUCAUUAAUUCCAGUACUGGCCACAGG